UCUCCCUCGUCGCCGCCGGUGCGCAGGGCAAAACCCUGCGCGAGCUCCUCGACCUGCUAGGCACAGGGUCCCGUGACGGCCUCGACGCGAACGUCAGGGCCAUGGUGGAGCAGGCCAUCCCGGCGCCGGCGGCCAGCCAUCAAGAGGGCGGCCCGCGCGUGUCCUACGCGCGCGACGGCCUGCAGGGUCUCAUGGACGCCAUGGCGUCCAGCCCGAGCUUCUUGCAGGACAACCUGCCGCUGAACAAGGUCGAGGUAGGGGAGUUCUGGGUUCCCAGGUUCAAGAUGUCCUACACCAGAUCCUUGAGCGAGGACCUCCAUGAUCUCGGCGUCCAGGCCGUGUUCUCGGGGGCAGCUGAGCUGCCCGACUUGCUGGAGGAAGACGACGAGUCUCAUGAGCCACUGUUUCUUGGGAACCUCCUGCACAAGGCUGUGAUCGAAGUGAAUGAGGAAGGCACGGAGGCGGCGGCUGUUACUGCUUCCGAUAUGUUUACUUCAUGUGGACUGGGGUGGCAGGAUCCGCCGCCGGUGGACUUCGUCGCCGACCAUCCAUUUGCCUUCUUCGUGGUGGAGGAAGUAUCUGGUGCUAUCCUAUUUGCUGGACAAGUCCUUGACCCUACGCGAUCAUAG